AAAGAGGUCCAUCCCUACCUCAGCGAAUGAAUGCUGCUCCUAUCCCCUGCAGCCCAGUUACCACCUUCACCCUGGGUGGCACCACCAUGAAGCUGGUUCUCCUGCUUCUUGCCAUACUUGUGGCAACGGAACUGGUAAUGUCAGGCAAAACUCCUACCCUUCAAUGCAUGGGUAACAGAGGAUUCUGUAGGUCUUCCUGCAAAAAGGGUGAACAGGCCUACUUCUACUGCAGAACUUUCCAGAUGUGCUGCCUCCAGUCCUACGUGAGGAUCAGCCUUACAGGCACAGAUGACGACACUAACUGGUCUUAUGAGAAACACUGGCCAAGAGUACGGUGAAGCCGGCACACCGUGUACAGACUUCCAGGGAAGCCGUCCCUGCAGCCCAUCUCCUUAUUAAAAUGUAUGCAUCUGA